AUAUUGGAAAUAAUUUAUGUACCCUUUCAUAUCUGCCGACAGCUUACCUGUGGCCUGGUACAUCCCGUCUGUCACCGACCAAUACGCACGCUCGUCUGAACUGAGGAAUUGUACAAAUAUGUCAUUAUAACUGGUUACGUUUCUUUUCGUUAUAAUUUCGAAUUCGAAAUGAGGAUAUUUUCGAAGGAUUUUACACUUGCUUUUAGUGUGAUUUUGUGGAAUAUAAUUGACGUUGAGUGUAAAGGAAAGCUCGCCGUAAAGUUAGUGGAUUUUCACAACAAAGAAGGACUGGACUUUAACGGUCAGUGUUGUGAUGGGGUCAAUAUACCAACAUGUCCACUGGAGCAGUGUGACCACCACUUUACCGUCUGUGCCGGAGAUCACCCCAUAGUGAAUCAUACAGACGAAAGCUGCAUAUAUGGGAAAGAAGAUUUUAAUGCCCAUGAUAAUGAGAAUGAAGUAUACUUUACUGCCGGCAAAGCUUCUUUGUUCAGCUUUGAUAAUUGGAAGGGCUGGGCAUAUCUAUCUGUGUUGGUGACAGACUCGGACAGCGAUGGACUGGUACCAGUCGAUAAUCUUUAUCUCAACUUUACAAGUAUCAUUCCUGGCUUUAACUCCACAACAGACUACAAGUCGACCUAUACAUUGAUUGGUCAGCGGACUCAAAAACCUACCGGUAUGUCAAUGAAGGUGAAGGUUUAUUGUGAUCCCCAUUAUUAUGGAGAUGACUGCUCUAUCAAUUGUGUCGGUGACAAUGCCUGUGACGGUCACUACACAUGCGACAACAAAGGUCGAAAGGUGUGCAACUCUGGAUGGAAGGGAGAUAACUGUGAGGUUAUGAUACAAGGGGACGUGGCAGAUUGUAGUGUAUAUCAAGACAGAACUGAAUUUGUGCCGAGUCUAUGGGAAGGUCAAUACCAAUGUCCCGGAGAAACACCACAGAACUUUGUACUCAACGUGACUCGCUCCAGUGGUAAUAUUGACGUCGUAGCAGAUAUGACAAUCCAGUCUUUUGUGAUAGAACUUUCUGGAACUUAUGCCAGUUCAUUCAAAAUAUUGACCCUCCAGGGACAAACACUUGUGCCACAGGAUAUAGGAGGAAGAAACCUAACGAAGUUGGAGCUCAAUCUGCAGGAGAAAGACAAUCAGGCGAUAGAAAUGAAGGGGGAUGUGAUUAUAGAUCAGGACACAUGUCAUGUCCUCCGUCUUACACGGACUAAAGCUUACUUUGAUGGCUGUAAUUCGCAAGGAACCUGUGUCCGAUAUGGUGGUCAGAAAGACCAAUUCUACUGCUGUUGUAACGAUGGUACCACCGGUAUAUCAUGCAUGUCAACAACCAAGAACCCGAAAACCACACCAACAGCUAAACCACCCACAUCAACAACUAAACCAACCACACCAACAACUAAAUCAACCACAGCUAAACCAACCACACCAACAACUAAAUCAACCACAGCUAAACCAACCACACCAACAACUAAACCAACCACACCAACAAUUAAAACAACUACACCAACAACUAAACCAACCACAGCAAAACCAACCACACCAACAACUAAACCAACUACCGCUAAACCAACCACACCAACAACUAAACCAACCACAACUAAACAAACUACACCAACAGUUAAACCAACCACACCUACAACUAAACCAACAUCAGCAACCACAGCUUCUACGACUCCUUCGACGACGCCUUCAACUACGUCAACAACUGCUUCAACUAUGUCUUCGACGACGCCUUCAACCACGCCAUUAACUACGCCUUCAACAUUGGCUUCAACAACGCCUUCAACCACCCCAUCAACUACCUCAACUGUGGCACCCACUACAGCACCUACAACAUCGAGCACGCUGUCGCCAACUACCCCUACUUCACGACCUACCACCUCGACCACGCAAACAACUUCCCCUACUACUCCCACGACCUCGACUAUGCCACCAUCUACCUCCACCACGGAACAUAUGACCUUCACUACACUGCCGCCAACUACCCCUACUACUCCCACCACCUCGACUAUGCCACCAUCUACCUCCACCACGGAACAUAUGACCUCCACUACACUGCCGCCCACUACCCCUACUACUCCCACCACCUCGACCACGCCACCAUCUACCUCCACCACGGCACCUACAACCUCCACUACACUGCCGCCCACUACCCCUACUACUCCCACUACCUCGACUACGCCACCAUCUACCUCCACCACGGCACCUACGACCUCCACUACUCUGCCGCCCACUACCCCUACUACCUCGACAACGCCACCAUCUACCUCCACCACGGCACCUACGACCUCCACUACACUGCCGUCAACUACCCCUACUGCUCCUACAACCUCGACCACACCACCAUCUACCUCCACCACGGCACCUACAACCUCCACUACACUGCCGCCCACUACCACUACUACUCCCACUACCCCGACUAUGCCACCAUCUACCUCCACCACGGCACCUACGACCUCCACUACUCUGUCCGCCCACUACCCCUACUGCUCCCACCACCUCGACCACGCCACCAUCUACCUCCACCACGACACCUACGAUCUCCACUACAAUCUCACCAACCACAUCCACUACUACCCCUGCCCCUACCUCAGGCAGCACUGGUCCACAUCCUGCCACAAGGAAUGUCACCCUGCAUGGAAUCAAGCCAAUGCAGAUUCUACCCUGGUCAAUAUUACUGUAUCCAACAUGGCAACUAUGUCUUCUUAUCUUGCCAUAGGGGACAAUGGUGUCGAGGUUUUUGAAAUCUCAGUGACUAUGACUGUGCCAUACACAGCUAAAGAGCCAACCAAUACCAUGGCCCUGGACCAGAUGCAGCAAAUAAUUAAUUCCUCCUCGAUCAAACUGUACAAAGGAUCCACUACUAAUCUUGUCCAGUACAAAUUGGACUAUGCACUGACAUUUACAGUCGAAGGGCCGGGGCCCAGGGAAGGAGAAAAUAGUCAGUGGGAAUCUGCGAUCUUAAAGGCACUGAAUACGAGCUGUAAUGCCCAAAACUGUUUGUCCCUUUCAAAGGCCGUCAUCAACAUGAAGAAAAAAGAGGAAUAUGUUGGAUCAGGGGGUCAGGAGCUUACAAAAGUGUAUUAUUUUGUGGAGAGAGAUGGAAAGCCUCUGACGUCAUUAACAGUCAAUGCUUCCGAGACUCUACGGGUUGACUAUGUGUCUGCCUUCUCUGGUUUAGCGGACGUAAAUGUCUAUACAGGAUCAGAGGCUACACGGUACAGGUUUCAUUAUUCCUUACUUGUGGAGGGAACAGUAUUCAACGAAGACCUCCCCCAAUUUAAAUCUAUGCUGGAGAAAGUCUGGGCCUUGGAAUAUCCAGACAAAUUCGACAACUGUACGAUCAACAUAACAAGGACGGAACAGUACAUUGAUGACAAUGGCGCGACGGUGACCGCUUUGGUAUAUUUCUACCACUUAACAUCAACAACCCAGUCUCCCGUGAUUGUGACCUCCCCCCCAGUGGCACGUUUCAACAGCAGUAUGACGUUGAUUAACAAAGACCAACAACCAUACAAACUGUACAUGGGGUCAACAGUGUUCAGGUAUACUCAUCACUACAGCUUUCUCAUCGCUGGCCAGGUCAAUAUUAAGGCUGACUUGACACUCCUACAGUCUUUACUGACCACCGCCUGGACGAACUGGACACAUGAAAUAACCAAUACAGGAUUAUACAGCAAUUACCUGGAUUGGAAACUGGCCAUUAAAGGAAUUGAAUUAUACGUCAGCCGUGAAGGGAAGUAUGUUACAAACCUGAUCUGCUACAUCACAGACACCAAGAACGAGGUUCAGGAUUCCAGGGUUGCCAUGGUGCCCUCCUUAAAAUGGUUGUCACAGACAAGUCAGACUUGGAAGAACUUUAAGCACAGAGAUGGAACGCUAUAUAAAGUGUUCACGUUGCAUGCUCGGACGGAGAUGGUGCGAGUAGAUGAAACGUUUGUUGUGUUUGUUGAGGGAUAUGUCUACAACAAGGAUAUUACAAUCAUCCAAAAUGAAAUUCAGAAGGCAUGGACUAGCAUGUUCACAGGGGUGACAGCGAAAGUGAUAAAGACGGUUAUUUACACACGGACAGUUAGUGGAUCUGUGGAGAUAAUGACAGCCUUGCACUACACGUUAGUCCACUCUAGUACUAAAAUAAAUGUAUUAGCCACACAACUCGCUGUGAAACAGAAAACGACCAUAUACAAAAGUAUUGUGUCCAGCCUGACCCGAUUGACCAUAGGACGGACAUAUAGCGCCAUCACUGCUGAUCUUUCCUCCUGGUUUGUGUGGGACAAACAUUUUGAACUCUAUUUUACCAGCAGACUGGCGCAACUUGACCUUGACCUCCAGGUCAAAGGAGCACUUCAAAACGCUCUUAAGGUUAAAUGGACAGAUUACAACUUGUUCCACAAUCUACAAGUUCACAUCGCUUUUCAGGAAAAGGUCUAUAUAGAAACAAGGACAGUAUGGAGAGUAGUGUUCUUCCUCAAAUCCGACGACAAAGAAACAGUGAACCCACAGUGGGUUGUCCCUAUCACCGAACACCUGCUCAACGGCAGUCUGUCCAUCAACAGCAUCAAAGGUCAUACAUACAACUUUUAUCUAGGUCAGAGGUCAACGCACCUAUUUUUUUAUAGGUCACACUUUCACUUGACCUUCACCCAGGAAGUGUCUUUGAUUGAUUACGUCAACAUUACACAGGAUCUGCAGGAGAUGUGGUGUAGAAAAAUACAAGGUUGUCAGCACAGUGCUGAUAUCAACAUCACAAUAAUGGAACAAGAACAUUUCAUGGAUAUCAAUGGAAAAUCUUACUGGCGACUCGUCUACUUUGUGUGGUUUAACGAGAAUUGGUUCGACUCGAGGACCACGCUGGACAUUGACUGGUUGGGACACUCGUGGAAGAGCCAGUAUGGUGUUAACUUGGAAACAGUGACGACCAGACAUGUUGAUCUAUGGCGCUUCUCUUCCGCCUUCCAUUUGUACUAUCACACCAAACUGUACAAUACAGAAACAGAACUAGCCACUCUUCACACUCAGCUUCUCUCCGCCUGGACCAAUAUAAGUUUCAUUAAGAAAGAAUGCAAAUGUCUACAUCUCUAUAUAGUGAGACAACAACAGCUACCAGCAGCCAGUGGGACCCUGUGGCAAUUGACCUAUUUCUUGCAAUAUGGUGGAAAUGGUAAUAAUUUGACGGUGGACUCUCAUUCAUGGCCCGCUUUGAACUCCACUAUGCCCAAACACAUCUCUCCUGGUUUAUCACUGGCAUGGUUCCAGUCUCUGAUCACAGUCUACUCCAGCAAAAAAGUGGCAGUGACUGACUUCUCUGCCAUAGAAAAGGAUAUGACAGAAUCUCUUCUAAUACAAAACCCAGAUUUCAAGGCUUGCGGCUGCUACCAUAUUAAAGUGGAAUUCCAGGAAGAAGUUGUGGAUACCAGUGGACACACAAAAUGGCGAAUGUAUUACCAUGUUUACAAAAAUGACAACGUGGUUUCACUGUCUGCCAUCCGACCAAUCCGCUGGGUGGAUUUCAAUCAACAAUACUCUGUCAGUGGUCACUACAGCAACCAGUAUAGCUUCUCAUGGGAGUGGGCGUGGCGGUGGGCGUGGCAGUCUGUAUAUAGUCGAUAUAGCAGUCUUGGAGGGGUGUAUUUAUCCCACUGGCUUUCUCCCUCGAACUACCACCAGCUGGCCGCGAUACUUUCACAGUACUACUUCCACUACUACAAUGAAACCAAGAAUGUGACAGUUACUAUAAAUACUGAGGCCAGGGAAUACUUUUCCACUGAUGGCUCGUCUGCGUGGCAUAUCCCCUUUGCUCUUGAGGUUGACGGAGCUCGUACGUACCCUCCCCCACUCAAUAUCAGCGCUCUCCAGGCCAGCUGGAAUCUCACCACUGCCACGGGAGACAACUAUGCACUCAUCUCGGGGUCGAAGGUCACUAGUACACAGAAGUAUUCAUCCAUAACGGUAGACCAUAAGGUAUCCAGUACGACGUAUGAGGACAUCAAGGCGGCUAUCAUCAAAACUCUUCUCAAACAGAAUCCAGAUUGGGAAGCUGCCUGGCUUAAAAUUGACAUGGGACCACAGCGCGAAGUGGUGGACGAGAAUGGACAUUCCUCGUGGAAGCUGCAUUACUCUCUUAGUGUCAAUGGUACAAAGAUGGACACUAAAGGUACACUGAAAUUGAACUCGACGGAACUGACCAGCAACCUGUUAAAGGUCACGGGGCCAAACUCUGUUCAUUACCACCUCACUAACACUAACGGUCAAGUGUCCGGCCAUGUGUCUGCAGAGACUCUGAUGUCCAUCAACCUGGACACAGACGUGUCUGUCACUCAAAUACAUCAUGUCCAGGAACAGGUGAAGGAAAGUUUGGCAAGAACAUUACGGAGUAGUAGGACCUUGUUUUCUUGUACCUUUCUGUAUACCUGUACCAUACGUGCCUCAUCCGUAGAUGUCGAAUUUAUCAGACAGAAGGAGCUAGUCAGUAAAACAGGGGAGUCCCUAUGGAGGUGGGACUACGAGCUGAAAGUAAACGGUACAGUUAUGCGGCCAGAAGAAGUGAAAUCAAUAAAUACAGUUCGCUUGUCUAGCCUUCUCAACGUUACGACUUCAGGAACAGAGAAGUACCACUUGAAGAAUUUGACACUUGGCUAUAACAACUAUGAUUUGCAUUUUCCUCUGUAUGUUGCAACCAAAGUUUCCAAGACAGAUUUCAAAGUGUUCAAGGAGAAAAUUCAGAAAGCUUGGCUUGCUAUUGGUAAGAAUGUAACAGUGGAUGUCGUGUCGCAGGAAGAAAUAGUCAAUUCAGAGGGGAAAUCCACAUGGAAACUAGUUUACUUUGUAAGAAACGGAAGUGAGGUCUUGGACAGCCGUGUGACCCAGCACAUCAAUAGUACAAAUUUGGGGGUCGUCCAGGGACCCCGGGGGCCAUAUACCACUCUGCAAGGGACUGGAUUGUCCUCCGAAAUAAAGUACAGUUUAGGGUCGUUUGUAGCCAUUGAUCACAAGCUGGACACAGAGGGCAUCAAAAAUCUUACCGAUAAGAUAAAAUAUGGUCUGAAGCUAAACACCUUAGGCUUUGGAGACAAAAUAACAGUCUCUAUUGUCCGACAAGAAGAAUACCUAAAAAAAGAUGGGACCAGAGGCUGGAAGGUGGUGUAUUUCGUUAAGGUGGAUGGGAAAAUUGUCCGAUCAUCCAAUUUUAUGACUAGAAACCUUACAAUCGAUCACACUGGACCUCACAAUGUCCACUACAAAGUCCUCAAGACGUCCGAUCUUGUCUAUAACUUCCGGGACAGAUUCACUGUUACAUUGACAAGCAAGGUCACAAAGAGGUCCUUUUUAGAUUUGCGAUCAGGAAUCAUUGAUGCGUGGAAAAUUUCCAAACCUGAAUAUGAAACGUGUGGGUGUCUAUCGAUGGACGAAAUCAAUGCUAACCAGAUAGAAGAAGUUGUGGACGAGCAGGGAAAUUCCUACUGGCAGCUGACUUACUUCCUGAGAAAGAAUUCCACUAUAUUGGAAUCCAUGACACAUACUGCGUUGAAUCUGACAAACCUGAAGGCAAAAUUGGUAGGAUUGACCGAUGCCAAGGGGAAAACCUACAGUGUUUUGGACACUGCCGUGGUCAGUGUCAAACGCCUUUCGCUGGCUGGACACUUAUACCUUGACCGGGAGACAUCACUUCACGAGCUUCAGAAUUUUGCAAAGAAAGAAUGGAUUCAGAAAGAUGUUUUAGGUAACAAAUCAGUUAAAGUAGAAAUGAUUCGGACGGAACGCAUCUUUGAUGGGUUUUGGAAACAGUGGUGGAGAGCCGAUUACUUCCUCUAUGGUGAUGGUAGUGUCCUUGACCCAGUUGUUCUCCCUGACCUGACUUCUGGGAGAGUCAGUAUCCAAGAUCUCCAUGGUAACAAUGUCAGUGUUCGAAGCUCUGUCAGCAUAACGGUAAGGGCAGACUACAGUUGGAGUUUCUCGCUCAUUGUCAACAAAGAGGUUCAAUUGGCGCACUUAGAGAUCUUCAAGGAAGUUAUAAAGAAAAACUGGACCUCAAUGGUUGCCGUUUCAGGAAAUGUGAAGAUUGACAUUCCAGAACAAGUGAAAAUGAUAAGCAAGAAAGGCAUUUUCUAUUGGGUCUUGCCCGUCUUUGUGUAUGAUAACAAUACUGGAAAAUACCUAGAUGCCCGCGAACACUCGGACCUGAACAUGACCGUUAUACAGAAGUCCAUAGAGACCGAAAUCACCAGUGGAACGUACAAGCUGGUGGCAAUCGACGGCCUGAGGCGUUACGAUUCUGGUUUUUCUCUCUAUCUCUCCUCCUUUAUCAGAAGAGCUCACCUUACAACACUGUCGACACAUAUCGCCCAGCUCUGGCAAGACAAAGAUUUUGAUGCAGCAAGCAAUGUUACAGUAUCCAUUGUCAAGCAAGAAGAGUAUGUUACAAAUAUCGGAAAGCUGACAUCCAAGAUGACAUACUUUUUACAAGCCAAUGGUACAGAAAAAUCUUUCAGUCAGAUGUCUGGCCUCGACCCCAAAAAGGUCCAGGAUGCCAUCACUAUGGUAGCAGGCCAAAAAACAGAUCUGCUGCAUGGAGUCAAAGAGCUCGUUAGUAGCUCCACCCAGACAGGCGUUUCCAUGGCAACAGCUCACAGUUUCAGCAGUUUGCUUAGUCUUUCACUGGCUAAGCCUGUCCUUGAUCAGGACAAACCUCAAAUGGAGACUCAGUUAGCCAAAGCAUGGCUCUCACAAAUGGCAGACAGGCGAGCCAUUACAGUUUCAUUGCACAGGCAUGAUCAGAUCAGGGUAAACCUUACCAGUGCCAAUAUUCAAAAGCUUAAUCUUGAAACUAUUCGUAUUGGAUUCUCCACUAAACAGAGGCGUGGAAUCUUUCUACAAUUUGACCUAGGAAAGGACACAUUCGUCGGUGUAAAAAUGUCAAACACUGGAGGUGUGGCAUUUACUGUGGAAUCUGGUGGUGAGAGAGAAGGAAUAUGGACUACGUAUGGUAUCGAUUAUGCCCGUGGGGAAUAUCACGUGGUACAGAUUCGUACACAGGUGGUGUCAGACACGCUAUGGACAAUAUACAUGCAGGUAGAUGAUGACGAGGAGUUCCAUAAAACAAUGAUACGUCCAAACGGAUCCCUAACGGCCUUGUACGUCGGUACCAAUGAUACAAACGAUUACCGAGGGCUUGAAGGAGAUAUCUUUCUCGUACAAGUUGGUGAAUUUGACGUACUACGACACGCCUUCAAAACCCCUACCCCACCAGAUGUACAGCUAUAUCCGCCAAACUUGAACGCCUCUUUAUAUAGCAUUGGGCAUAACACAGGACAUUCUACUAGCAAAGGAAAACUUAAGGUUGAUAUUGAUGAUAUUCUGCAUCUGUCCGCCAAAAUUUUGUACCAGGAUGAGGUAGUGACAGAAAAGAGGAAAAGUGUGUGGAACGUGAAGUAUGCUGUAACAAUUAACAAACGAGAACAAAUGAAGAGCAUCUCGCAGCUUUCUGCCAACAAACUUAACACAUUCCUGAACCUGACGAGAUCGGGUAGCAAUGACAGCUACCAGUAUGUGGGCGGUGCAGUUGAAUAUAUAAGCUACCGAGAUAUGUACAAUAUCCAUCUCAAUCAGCGGGUCGCUGUCCAAGACUACCGAAGCAUUCAGACUAACCUCAGUACCAUCUGGGAAACAGUUGAAAACUUGACAAAGAGUGUUACCGUGAUGAAACAAGAGGAAGUGAUUGAUACUAAAGGAAACACUUGCUGGAAGUUGUCAUAUCAUGUCACGAGCAAAGACAGUACUUCUCUAAUCAACCCCAGAUUCGUUGCUGGGGUCGCUAUGUCGAGUCUGACAUCCGGGGUGUUUAUUAACAGUCCAAUAGGGUUCAAGUACCGGGUUUUGAAUAUCACCCAAACAUACAGGUUGUCCCAGGCCUACAGCGUUGUGGUCAGUAGGCGGGUGCGACUCCAGGAUGAAGCCAAGGUCAGAACAGGAAUGCUGAAUCUAGUGGCAGCCAGCAUACAUGGUUUAAAUACAUCUUCCUUGGCGGUUUUGACUAUGAGAGCAGACAAGAUGGUAGAACGUACUACUGGGCAUUUGUCAUGGAAAUAUAUCUACGUUGUGGCUGAUAACGGCACUGCCAUUGAUGCGUCACGCUACACCGCGUUACCUGCUACCAACCUUAGCCAGACCGUGUCAGCGGCGGGGAUGGGUGUGACCUACCGAUUGGAGCAGGGGGUGUUCCGUUCCUACACAGACAUGUUUGGUCUAACUUUAGUUGGCCAGGUUAAAACAGAGCUCACUCACAAAAUCAAGACACAACUGACUGCGACUUGGAAUAUACAUGCUUCCUCAACUGUUAUCAACAAUCUGAAACGACAGGAGUUCAUCGGUGAAAAUGGGGCUACUCUGACGAAAUAUCAGUAUUUUGUGGAGAGGAAUGGGUCACUUUUGUACCCGUCUCUGACGAUGAAUGCGAAUACUGAUUCACUGGUUCGCAAUCUCAGCGUUACUGUGUACAACGGCCACAAGGAAAUUGACUAUCACGACUGCCAUAGGCUAUCCCUCCAGGGCCGUCAUGGGCCAUUCAACACAGCGGCCAUCUCCCGCACGAUUAGGACCACGUGGGCGGGCCUGGACACAACUACAGGUACCACAGAGUCCAAUUUCAGUGUAGCCAUUGUGAAAAAGGAGGAAGAGUUGGGCAAGUAUGGGCUGAAGCUGUUGACCUUGGUGUAUACUGUUGUUAAGGACAGUAUGACCUUGACCCCUGACUACCAAUCCUCACCGGAACAGGGUAUCAUGGCCUCUGCCUGGACAUCUAGUGGACAGUCAGGUCGGGUAUACAGCGGUGUUCAGGAAACGUUCCGCAUGAGUGGUUUGUUCCAACUCGGUCUCCAGCACGAGGUCAACACAACAGAGGUGACUUUGUCAGAUCGAUCAAACCUGGAAAAAAUAGUCCAAGCUGUAUGGAAUAUUAGCAUAGCUGGUAAUGUGAAGAUCGAUAUUGUAGCCAAUCAGAAAUUCCGUAACAAAGAGAACAGGGCUACAAUGGACAAAUUAUUUUAUACCGUGAAGAUUGGUGGCAAAGUGGAAGAAAAUUGGGAAAGCUCUGUCUCAGACUUGGACACAAAGAUUUCCACCGCCCUUACUAAAUCAGCAGAGCUAAAGAAAAGGUUCCACUUGAGUAAAUCGUAUGGUGGGCGUAUCAGAAGUGUGUAUCUCAAAGGUGGAGUCAGAGUCAAUGAAACUCUUGUCUCUAAAGCAUUAAAACAGGCAUGGCAACAAAACGCAUUAGGAGGGUCUCCUGUAUUAAAUAUCGUCUCUCAGGAGAAGUUUGUGACAUCCUCAUGGGACUUCUUUACAACAAAGGUCCAGUAUGUGGUCAGUUUGAAUAACUCUGACCCCGAGGACCAGGGAGUCCAGCCUCCAUCUUACAAGGAAGUUGAGACGGCCUUGGCCUCCGUUAAAUUCGGCCAGUGUGGACAAGGGUCACUUAAAUACAACAAAGUACAUGUAAAGGGAUCCACUACAAUGCUAAACUAUACAAGUAUUGUUAUGGCCAUGCAGUCAACAUGGACUACCAAAAACUCGGAGAUUGCCAGCAUGUUGAAGGUAUCGAUAAAACAGGUACAACAUCGGAACAAGCGGGCUGCCACCGAUUCCUACCGAUUAGUGGACGAUGACGGCCAUGAGAUUAGUCCUCUGGAGUACACCGUCGCUUUGAACCAGGAGGAACCAAGCUCCAUGUUUUUGGACACACCAUCAGACAAGGAUGUCAGUGAUGGACUCUCGCCUGCAGGAACAGGACUGUGUAUGUGUCGGCCACGUCUGGCUGCACAGCUUAAGGUCAAAGGUCAGGUCAGUGAGAAUGACAAAGACAAGGUCACGGAUGCUGUUAAGGAGGCCUUCCUGAAGAAAAAUCCAGACCUGGAUGAUAAAGACCUAGGAAUUGAGUUGUCAAUUACGAAUGUCACAGACCCUACAGGGAAACGCUCCUCAGAUGUGGACUACAUUGUGACGCGGAAGGAUAAUGGAGAAGUUGAGGAAUUAAUACGUCCCAAUGAGGCUCAGUUAACCUCCGACAUACAAUCAAUGUACUCUAAAAUGGUGAAAGUUGAUGAGGAAGACAAGGACGAUUGGAUCAUACCAGUGGCAGUGGCCUGUGGCGUCUUCGGAUUUAUCCUCCUUGUAAUCAUCGUCUGCUAUGUAAUGUAUAUAAGACGACACCGGAAGAAAGGAGAUCUUAUCAAGCAAGAAGAUGAUGUCAGAAACAGGAACUCCUUUGACAAGGAACAUUUUAGUGACCCGGCCAUGUACGACGACCAAGGCCCCUUUAAAACGGACCAGUAUGAAGCAAACCGACUGGUAGGAAGAUCUGGCAUGUUAUUUUAUUUUAGCUCAAAUAGUGUGAGGGAGGACGUCUGUAUCAGCUUUUGUAACAAAAUCUGCCUAACGGAAACAAUGCUUUCUGUCUGUGGUUUUAUACUCUAUAGAACAAUUAGUAGCCCAGUUUUAUAAAUUAGUAAUUAAUGGUUAGUAUAUGCCAUUAUAUAUAUGUAAAGCUGACAAUUCACUUACAAGCAUGUACAGUAAUAUGUUUCUAUAUAAUCAUUAUGUAUAUAUAUAUAAUAUUUUGCUAGUUAUUCUUAUGCAAUCAUUUAUUAUGGAAAAGUUGAGUCAAGAAAUUUCAUUAUUUUCUGUUUAGAAAUUUCCUAUGCUUCAGUAGGUUUCAGAUCAGAAAAAAAUAAUUUCGUUUACAUAGAUAAACCGAUUUGUCAAUCUUUAAAAUAUACCAUUUCAUAAAAAAAAUGUUUGUCAAUGAUGACUGAAAGCUAAAUAUUUAUAACCCAACCAUCUGGAUCGCGAUGAAACGAAUGCAGCUCAUAAUCUUUAAUAUGUUCAGCUUCAAGGAGUAAUUCUUUAGCUUUAGUUUGUGAUCUAUUUAGCUGUAGUUCGUUCCUGGUAACGCUAACUUAUAAAGAAUUAGUGAUUCCUCUGCCAUCGUGAACUGCUGCUGUUUUCGAGAUUGCCUUUCUGUUUGGAAUUGUGGUAUUAAGUUUCCUCUGGAUGUGGAACUAUCUUAUAUAUUACCUAUUUGUAUAUUUGUAUAUUUGUAUACCAUAAACAGACUACAAAAUGUAUAUGGAGCUGUAAAUGUAUCAGAUCAUUAUAUGUAUAUUAACUUCAUUCAUUGUUUAUUGAAAUCCAUGUACAUAAUCCCCCCCCCCCCCCCCCCCCCCCC